AAUUGUUGAGAGUACGAAUGUCUGAUCAGACGAGAUCACGCUGGAUUGUCCAAAUUGGUUGGUUUUUUACAUUGGCGCUCUACUUAACACAGACCAUCAUCUUUACGAUCAUAGUGGCAAAACACCACGAUAAAGGAGCGUUUGUUGCUUGUAUUAUACUAUUCUCUUUGGUUCUAGUGCCUUUAGCUGCCUUUUUCAUACGAAAUUGGAACUCAAAAUACACAGGCGACGAUCGCGAAAUAUUUUGUGUGUGGGCGAUUUGGGCCACGUAUAUUGUUGCUUACGUCGUUACCGUUGCAAUGAUAUUUUGUAAUGUCGCAGGAAAACUCACCAAGGACGAUACUCUUGGGAUCAAUGCAUUGAAAGCGACCCUUUGUAUCACUCCAGCUCUAUUAAUUCUCCUGUUGCAACUUACAAUAUGUCCAUCCUAUCGAAAGCCUGUCUUAACCCUCUCCAUAUUCGCUGCGUUGAAUAUCUUCGACGGAAUUGAAAUGUUAGAAAUCGUCUUGAUGCAAAACGAAGGAUACUUCACUCUAAAUACUGCCACGGAAAAGUCCAUCGUCGCCUUUGCUUGUAUUAGUUUUUUCUUGUCUCCUCUUGGCUUAGUUCGUAAUAAGUUCGACGGUUUUGGAAACAUCAAAGAAAGGGAGAAAACUUCAAUGAUUCUUGGUCCUAUAGAAAUAAUCGGCACCAAUCUCCCAUUUCUAGUUUUGCGAAGUGUCGUUUGGGGAAAAUAUAAGUACGAAGCUUCCGUCUUUAUUGCAAAGAAUAUCGUAUCCUUGGUCGUUGGCCUUGUGGAGUUUUGCAUCCUUAAAAAAUACAUUCAAUGGGGGGAAUGAGACAGUUUUGAGACUGGCUAUUUUGAAUUGAUUAGCUGUAGAGUCCAGAGUCCAGAGUCCAGACCUCGAUUUUGAAAGGACUUUUUUGAUGGAUCUUUAUAAUUCUGUAGAAGAUAAUGCCUUUAUUGGAAAUAAUUAUAAAUAAUGAAGAUUUUAAACAAACAUUGCUUAUGAAGUUUAAACCAAUUAUUUAGCAACUUACUUCCUGAUUCUGUGGAAAACAGACAUUGACGAGUCAGGCAACUGCCCAGUCAAUUACCGUUACAUCAGUUGUACAAUUUCUGGAACGUUCAAUUUUGAUGUAAUUCGAUACCUUUAUAGCUACAAACUUAGACACGCUCAACUAAUUUCAUUGUUUCUAAAGAUAAUAUUCCACGAAACAACUUUCAACAUCAACUCGCAACGCAACAAUGUUUUGAAGAAGGUUUACGUGUCGGAUAUGAUGAUAUAUGAUUUAUAUGAUAUAUAUGAGCUAAUUUGUAACACAGAAAUUGUUUUGAAAACAACUGGAAAGUUUAUGAACUGUUUUUAUUCCCCACAACAUUGUUGUUUAGAUUUUGCUUAUUGCUGCGUUGCAAGUUGAUGUUGAAAGUUGUUUCGUGUAUAACAUUACCUUGAGGGUCUGGUUAGCUGCAUGAUGUCGCUUUCCCACGAGAUUAAACGAAGCGUGCAAUGAACUUGAAAUAUUGAAAUUAGUAAAUAACACUACUCUGGCAGUUUGUUCGUACUAGCAUGCAUACACUGGCUUGUUUUCAUGUGGAUCAUAAUAUAAACUGUCUCCAAGGCCAUGGGACAUACCCACAAAUACCUGGGGAAUACCCGCACUUGUUUUAAAAUCGGUAAUUUCGCGACAAAGCAUCCUUUAUAGAUAACGGCAAAACUUCUGCACGCGAGAAUGCCAGAACAAUCGAGAUCUUUGUGGAUUUUCAGGAUUGGCUGGGGCAUGACAUUGUCUCUUUAUCUGUUACAAGCUAUGAACUUGACGAUCUCAGAUGGGAAACAUCACAAUAAGGAAGCAAUCAGUACUUGUAUUGUGCUAUACUUGCUGGUUACAAUGCUAUUGAUUGUCUACGAGAUUGAAAAUUGAAGUACGCCGAUGAAGAUCGCGCAAUAUUUAUGAAUGGUGGUCCAGGUGUAUCGUUGCUAAUGUCGUCACUGUUAUUAAAUAAUGAUACCGCUUUUUAUCAAGGGCAAUGUCGAUAAAACGGUUUUCACUAACAAAUAACAUUUGCCUCUUCUCUUAGUAUAGCGAGUUUCUACAACCACAGCUAAUAACAAGUAAAUUUACAGUAAAAACGAGACGAAUUAUCGCCGUUGGAGAGACUGAAAAUAUAACUACAGAACUGCACUCUUUAUUGCAAAGUGGAGUUUAGUUAGCAUCCCUUUAAAUGACUUUCAAUAGAAAAUAUACUCUUUGUGUAAUGUUUAGAUUCAGGUUAUGGCAUUUUAAAGUUUAAACAAGAUCAAGGAUUUGUAUUUUACUCAGCAUGACCAUAUAUGUCCACAUUUUUAAGGGCCUAUAAGCACUUAAUGGUAAUCUUAUUAUAUAGGUCUCUGUAUAGCCUAUAUAUAUAUAUAUAUA